CGACCACCCUCUUUGUCUUUAUAGAACCGCUCACUUGUAAGUUAGUGCGAGCUGCUGCAGAGACCUUGUGUUUUGGGACUAUGCAGGAGGAUAACGUUGCUUAGCUCGCUGGGUCACUUGCUAGAAAGCUACGCGAUAGCAUAGCUAACCUCAUUCUGCGAUACAACCUCGAGACAAGUCGGGACAAGACCAGUCUCAGGGCUCACCAUACUCAAUGAGCGGACAGCGCAAUGUCAGAGCGCUCUGGGCAAACUGCAAAGGGGAAGGAAGGCAAAACCAAGUAUGCGUCUCUCAACCUGUUUGAUACAUACAAAGGAAAGAGCCUUGAAACACAAAAGCCUGUUGUUCCCCCCCGCCAUGGCCUGCAGUCUCUUGGUAAAGUUGCCUCCGCACGGCGUAUGCCACCCCCUGCCAACCUGCCCAGUCUGAAGGCGGAGAACAAAGGCAACGAUCCCAACGUCUCGCUCGUUCCCAAAGACGGCACAGGAUGGGCAAGCAAACAGGAACAAGCAGACCCAAAGAGUACCGAUGCAUUGCCAGCACCGCAGCCGGAAUCGCAGCAGCCUGUGGCUUCACCGACACCUGCACCGACCCGCCCGAGAACCCCGCCAGCUUCAGAGGCUCUGGCCCCAGCUUCAACCCAGGCCGUAGGGGCAAGGUCCUGGGCACAGGCCAGUGUUACACAUGGAACACAAGGGGAUGGUGGAAAGGGAUCAAACCAACCAUCGCCAUUCUCUCGCGAGGAAUUUCCCACCCUGCAGGCGGCUGGCGACCAGGACAAAGCUGGCAGAGAACAGGGCACUGCAGAUCAGUGGUAUGGGCCCGGACCAAGCCUCCGCCCCCAGAACGUUACAAGUUGGCGGGACGGUGGGGGCCGAGCCCUGGCGCCCACCCUGUCUGGGGAGGGGGCAGUGGAGGGUGGCACUGGUGGGGCUCUGGUGAUGGAUGGGGCAGCUGGGGUCCCCCCUCCGAAUUCUCAGUCCCACGGGCCACCUAGGAACCCUCCCGCAGGCAGCCCUGCCUUGCCCCUGCCCCAGCCCCCUGUGGGACCUGGAUUUCCCCAAUACCGAGGGAUCAUCCCUCCCUUCAUGUAUCCUCCCUACCUGCCCUUCCCAGCCCCCUAUGGCCCUCAGGGGCCCUACAGGUUCCCGGCACCUGGGGAAGGGCCCGCUCCAAGGUUCUCUCGUGGGCAGGGUGGUCCUGACAACAGGCCUCAGGGCGGCCCACGUGACACAGGUGGAGAGGUGGUGAAGCGACCCUCUAUCCUAAAGCAGGAUGACCUGAAGGAGCUAGAUGAGCUGGACCAUGAUGGAGACGAGGGCUGGGCAGGAGCUCACGAGGAGAUUGAUUACUCUGCCAAGUUGAAGUUCAGUGAUGAUGAAGGAGAUGAAGAGGGGGAAGAGGAGAGAACCGAGAGCAACAAUGACUCGCGUGAGCAGCAGAGGUCCCAGGAUGCCCCCCCUGCAACCUCUCGCUCCCGGGCCUCGGACAGCGGCGGAGACCCCCGCCACUCCCCUCCUUCUAAUGCUGACAAUGGCCCCCAACCCCCCUCCAGCAAGCCAGGAUGGGCCGAGGAGGGAGGCAGUGGCUGGGGAGCCCAGGGAGCACCAUCCAACUACCAGGGGCGCAGGCCUGGAUUGGGUGGUCCCCGGGAGCAGCCCUCCCCCCCACCUGGGCCGCUCCUUGGACAAGGGCCUUACUCCUUUUACCGACAGGACCGGCCCCACAACCAGGGUGCACCUCUGGUCCCAGGGAAACCUGGCUCCACUCAGCAUCAGCCAGCAGCAGGAGGCCCUACUCCUCCUCCGCAGCCAGGCCUGCUGGUCCAUGGGGCCCAGGGGGCCCAAGGGGAUGAUGAGGAUGAAACUUGGCGUCAGCGCAGGAAGCAGUCCUCCACUGAGAUCUCUGCUGCCGUGGAGCGAGCCCGUCGCCGGCGCGAGGAGGAAGAACGUAGGAUGGAGGAGGAAAGACGCGCAGCCUGUGCAGAGAAGCUAAAAAGGCUGGAUGAGAAGCAGCAGCAGCAGCAGGGCACCAACGUAGGAGGUGGCGGUAGCAGCAGUAAAACCCCAAGCCUUGAUGGAAACUCUACAGCUGCCACAGCAGGCAGCCCUAGUCCAUCUGUUUCAGCAUCCUCACCCAACAUCAGCCAGCCCCCAUCCCCUUGUGUGGACCCCGAGGAGCCUCCAGUGCUAGCUGUCCCACCAGGGCCCAGUCCUGUAGUCAGUGACCGACAGCGAGCCAGCAGCAACAGCAGCUAUGACUCCAGUGCAGAUGCUCAACCGUGUCCCCAGCCAGCUGUGUCACAGCCACAGCAGCCCACGCUGGAUGUACCUCUACCAGGAGAGAUUAAGGAAGAGACCAUGGGCAGUGCUCACAUCCGUGCAGGAAGUGCAGGUGAAAGAGUAGUUGACCCAGUGAAGAUUGAGAAUAUCGGAGGGGGAGCAGGUCGUCAAGCCGGUGGUCCUCCUGGCCAGGGUUACUCAAAGUACCAGAAAUCUCUUCCACCUCGAUUUCAGAGGCAGCAGCAGGAGCAGCUCCUGAAGCAGCAGCAGCAGUGGCAGCAGCAGCAGCAACAACAGCAACAGCACAGCCAGGCAUCACAAAGCCAGCUGUCCCCCCAGCCCCAGGCUCCACAGGGUCCUUCACCAGGUUCAACACCCCAACCGGGGCCUGGACUCAAGCAGGGUGGACCACUGUAUCAACCCAGCAAUAUGGUUCGACCGCCACCCCUGCCAAUGAAUUUCGACCCUCGCUGGAUGAUGAUGCCCUACAUGGACCCCCGCAUGAUGCAGGGCCGCCCUCCACCUAUGGACUACUAUUCAGCUGGCAUGCACCCGUCAGGGCUUAUUGGGCGUGAGCGAUCUGAUUCUGGGGGCUCUGGUUCAGACCCCUUUGACAGGCAGCAGCAUCCAGGGCACCCUCACCGUGGGACCCCCCCUAUGGAUCCUAAGCUGGCCUGGGGGCCAGAGGUAUUCCCUGGUGGAGGGGAGGGCCGUGGCCUAGCCUCCCCCCUGAGACAGAAGCAGGCAUUGGAAGAUGACGAUGGGGCUAAAGGACCCAGGAGUGACACUCCUCCACACCGCAUUCGUGAGGGUGGAUUGGGACCUAUUCAGCAGCCUGCCUCCAACUCUGGGACAUCCAAUCAGACUCCACCUCCAGUUGGCACUCAGGUUGGAGCCCAGGGAGGCAGCCACCACACGCAUCACUACAUGAGUGGGCGGGGCAACUACAGCAACUUCCCUGACCAGGGUGGAAGGAUGCUUCCCCACCAACAGCAGCAAAGAGCAGGAGAGAGGGGAAAUCAGCCGCACAGCUUCGCCCACCAGGACGAAGGGCCUCCCCGAGGAUCUCAGCAGGGCCAGAUUUGGGGAGCGCCACACCCUCACUACGAUCGUAAUGGUCGAGCUGAUCUCCCCCCUGUCGAGAGCAACUCUCAUCUUCACCAUCAUCACAGCCACCACCCUCAGCAGCCUCAUUUCCCUCUCCACCCUCACAAGCCAGAGAACAGCCGUGACAGGGGUGUCGAGGCCUCUGCUAAGAAGACAGACGCUUCUCCUCCAAUCCACCAACCUUCUCUCUCAUCUUCCUGCUCUUCCUCCUCCUCCUCUUCUGCCAGGGAUGAUGGGAAUGUCAAAGUUGCCCUACAUCAUCACCCAUCCCAGAGAGAGAAUGAAACUGGCAUCGGGCACAGUGUCGGUGAAAGAGGGAACAGUGGCAGCACCGGCAGUAGUGGCCAUAUGAAACAGGAGAAACCGGGCGCGGCAUAUGCUCCCCAUUCCUCCAUGACCUCUAGCCCACCUCCCACUCAACAUGGUGGUCAUAAUCAGCCUCAGCAGCAGCAGCAGCAGCAUCAUCAUCAUCCCCAUCCUAAAUCAAACCAAAGAGGGGGACGGGAGCACAAGACUGAGACCCAGUGGGGCCCACGGCCUGGCAGCAACACAGGUGGAGGAUCCUCUCAUGGAAGGAGGGGCAACAAUGCAGGAGGUGGGAACAGCUCCCGUGGAGGGGAAGACUCCUCCAACACUGCUCUGGACCACAAACCCUCCAACCACACAGGAGGCGGCAACCCCAACAAGAGGGCAGGGCCUAUUAAGAAGCCAGUGCUGAAGGAGAUGAAGAGAGAUGGAGGGGAAGCUGAUGGAGGAGAAAAAACAAGUGUAGGCUUUGGGAAGGAUAAGGAGCAAGAUGGUGGCCAGCCUACCUCCUUGAAACAGGAGGCCUCCAUCUCCCAGAACACAUCAGCUCCAUCUAAAGAUGAGUCAGCGCAGCCUGCCAAACCUAGGAAUGGAGGAAAAGAAAGAUCUGCAGGAGGUGGUGGUGGUGGAGGAGGAGGGUCAGGUAGAGGGCCCAAAGAUGUAGACACAGCUUCUUCAGGAUUUUCUUCAUCCAGGAGGGACAGGGACCGCUCCUUUGAGAGAGGCGGCGGCUCCUCCCACCACCAUGGAGUCCCUGCCAAAGGCAGCAGAGCCAGUCGGGGCCGAGGGGGAGAGUUCUUCGGGCGUGGGCGUGGUUACCGUGGCACAUACACGGCUACUGCUGGACCCAGCGGUGGCAGUCGGGGCAGAAUGGGUGGCAGGAGCGGCAGAGACUACCGCUCAUCUGUUGGCAGUGGCCACCAUCAUGAGUCUAAAGGUGAGGGAGGAGGUGGCAGGCAUGGUCAGGAUCGCUCCCAGCAUAACCCAGCCAGGGCCAGGAACCGAAGUGAAACCCGCAGUGAGGGGUCAGAGUAUGAGGAAAUCCCCAAGAGAAGGAGGGAGAGAGGUUCAGAGACUGGCAGUGAGAGCGGUGCAAGUGACCUUGGUCACUCAGACAAGGACGACAUCCAGAAACCCAACACCAAGAAUGGCUCUGAUCAUGCCAACACCGCUGGCAGUGCUACCAUGUCAGCUGCACCACCCAGAGGCUCCCAGGCCAGGGUCUUCACCCCCAGGGGUGUGCCCUCUAGAAGGGGCAGAGGUGGAGGUAGUGGAGGAGGAAACAUCUACAGAGGUAGUGGCAAUGUUGGAGGAGCACCUGGAGGACAUCGGAUGGGGCCUAGCUCAGCCUCUCACGGUGGAUCCUCCAAGUCAUCAGCAUCAGGCCGAAAGCAUCAAGGCCCGCUGCAAAUGUCUGGGCCCAAAGACUCGGGCAGGGGAGGAAAUGGAGGAGAGAAGAAAGACAAGACAGCUGAUGCAAGUCAGGCUCAAAAUCAGGGGUCCAGUGCCCCUCAGCCAUCUUUGCCCACUACAACUCCUGCCGCUCUGAGUUCCACUGAAAAUGGAGGAGUUGUGACCCAACAAGCUUCAACCAACCCUACAUCAAACUCUGGAGGGCCAAAUCCACUCCCUCUGCAGACUAACCGUGGGUUCCCUCCCAGUGGGUUUGAACGACCACCUCGACGCCGCCGUCACGGGCGUUCCCAGCAUCAGCAAGACAAGCCUCCCCGAUUCCGGAGACUGAAAGAGCGAGAGAAUGCUGCACGUAUCAACGGAGGAGUGGGGGUCAUCGGGGGAGGAAGGCCCUCCUCUCCUUCCCUGAAUUCAGUUCAGGAUAGCAACGGAGCCCCAAUCUCUGCUCCCACCACAGGCAAUGCCCAAAAUGCUAACCACAACACCACAGUAACGGCCAACAGUAACAGUGGUGGGCAUCUUAGCAAUGCAAACAGCCACCACCAUCACCACUACAACCAGGGCAACGCUGGGCAGACCCACACCCAGCACCACCACAGCCAUGGAGCAAAGUCCCCGGACUUCACCAACCAGAACUCAGACCAGGCCAACGAGGAGUGGGAGACAGCCUCUGAGAGCAGCGACUUCACAGAGUUCAGAGACCGGGAAGGAGGAGGAGGAGGAGGGAAGUCGUAUUCUUCUCACCAUCCCCACCACGUAGGAAGGGGAGGAGGGGGUGGCGGAGGUGGCGGAGGUGUGGUCGAGCGCGAAAUGUCGGGAAAAGAGCCCUCGGCUAAUAAAAGAAGCUUCUCAAGCCAGCGACCUGGAAUGGAGCGACAGAACCGCAGGGUCAACGUUGGAGGAGGCGGCGGCGGCGGAGGGGGAGGAAGGGGCCCACGAGGCCCGCCUGGUGGUGGCUCUGGCGGGCCUGGUAAUGGAGGCGGUAACCGUGGAGAAAAGCGCGGCAACUGGCCCUCCCCAAAAAAUAGGAAGUGAUGGAAUAUUUCAGAACAUUUCAGAUGAACCCCACCCACGUUAAACCCACCCUCUUACAUCUUAAUUCCGUUUUGAUAAUUAUUUCAUGGUUUAUCUGUUGGCAUCCCUAAACAUAUUAGUGUAUUGUACAGUAUAUGGAGAUGAUAUUCACAUUCACUUUAAGCCGCCCCCCCCCCUUCCACCAACCACCUGUCACAGCUUUUCCCUUGCAUCGAUCUACUAUCUACCGUCCGUUAUUGUAAAUUUCUCCGUUUGUUCCGUCUUGCUCUCCGUUAAGUUGUGCCCCGGCCCCCCUCUUCCCUUCCCUUCCCUUCCCUUAAGAAUCUCACCCCAGUUGGAUUUGACAAGCAUGUGGUUCUGCGAUCGGGGUGCACGUGGUUUCGACAGAAGACAUUUCACACAGAGCUCCACACACACUCGCAUAUACAAGCACAAAUAUGACAUCUUUACAACAAACACAUGGAACACGUGUGGGCGCAAAAACAAAAAAAACGUGGGUUAAAAUUGGCAAAAAUGUUUGGAUCGGGCAAAUUUUUAUAUUUAUGUACCUGUGUAUAUUUCUACCACACUUUGGCCUUGGGUGGUAUUCAGUAGUGCAGUACUGCAUUGCUUCCCUCGCAAAGGGAAAGAGUGCAGCUUCAUCUUUUAACGAGAACAAUGUAACAUGAGAUGUUUUGUUUCUCUGUCUUUUUUUGUUUUGUUUUUGGCCUCGUGUCAGUUAAGUUUCAGCCUCUGGGAAAUGUUAGGGGUGUGUGUUUUUUCUUCUAAAAAGCAGGUCAUUAAAAUACCUUUUUACUAAAUUCCCAAAUUCCUCCUUCCGCUGACUUUUUGGUCUCCUGCAAGGUAUGUGUCUGAUUACUGUGAUAAGACCCAUUGAAGUACUACUGCUCAGUGCUCACCUACACUCGCAUUGAUUUGUCUUUAAUAUCAAUGUUUCUGCUGCUUGUUCAGAUAGACCGUGUGAUAUUUUUUUCCCCCCCUCCAACUUGUUGACCUGCUCUGACUCUUCAUUAGCUUUUGGUUGGUCUUUUUUAUAUAGAAAAUAAAGGCUUUAUCAGCCUCAUCAUAGUAGCCCCCCCUCACCUGAAGUUGUUCAGAAACUCAAAGUUACCCCGAGUUUUACUCUGAUUCACAUGUUCUGUUUAUCUUAAAAAGACUGUAUUGAUAGCUUUGAUGGCUUUAUUUUAACAACCAUUAUUUCCUCAGUGACUUCCCUCUUUCUGAAAUGAGAAUGUGCGUCACGAUGGAAUAAAGAAAAAAAAGUUUGACUUUCAUAAAUUGUUUAUGCUUCAGUAGGUAAUUCUAAUCCUUGUAGUAUAACAAAAAUCCAUGGUUGCUGUUUGUUUUUUUUUUCUCUUUGUGUUUAUGUUUUUGGGCAAGUUACAUAUGAUGCAACAGGACAGGUACUCUGUCUGGGCCCAGAGUACAGAGCAAGGCUGAGUAUUGUACUAUUACACCGCCCCCGCCCCUCUCUCUCUCGCGCUGUGCUCUUGUGGAGACUCCUCACACCAAGAAGGACUACUACUACCAAGAGCUCCUUGUCUGAGGAAGUAUUUUUCAAAGUGUGUGUUCUCGGGAUGGCUGUUUCAGUACAUGGUGGCGACCAGUGGCCCACGUUCUAAUUGAAUUCAGGACAAUGCUGAACGGGUGACGCGAGUCACCUUCUACAGUUCACACGGUUUCCAAGAUUUCACUCGCAACGAAUAAUGGCGACCUGGAGUGUUGAGGAAAUAUUGGAUUGAUGUAGGAUUACACAUGUAAACAUAGUUUGUAUCAUACAUUAAAAAAAAGACAUAAAAUGGCACACAGCUUGGAGAAAAGAAAAAAAAAAGAGCAGAGACAACAUCCAGUGUGAACUAAAUCGAUUUCUACAUCUGCACCACUUCUGUCACUGCUGUAAGUUGGGGUUUGUUUGUUUACUGACAACAGUUUGAAGAUCGUCUCUGGGAUGUUAUGAGUAGGGCAUUUGAUGAUUCGUGUAUGUGCGUGCGUGCUUGUGUGUAUGUGUAUGGCAUGUGUGCGUUUUCUGGUGUCUGUGUAAUAACUCGGGAAGGGGUGGGGACCAGAGGGUUGACAUGAACGGCAAGCACUUUCUGCCUUGUUUGCCCACACUUGAUUGAACCAAUAUUAAGACAAUUCUACUGUUUUCUUAAAUACAUCCACAUAUAUACAUUCAGCUGUGUGUAUAUGUACACCAUCUAAAUGAAGAACAUGCAGUGGAGAACGUCACCAGUUUUUUUUUUUCUGCGUAAUUUAAGCAUACAUUCUUCAGCAGGCAAGUGAAGUUGGACAUAUUUUAUUUUUCACUGACUUCUAAGCAUGAAAACACACCCAUGGGUGCAGCUUGCCUUGCCUGUUGCUGGUUUAUACAUGGAUAGCUGUACACUUAACACUGGCUCAAGGAGUCCUUCAUCCCUCCUUAACUCUUAAUGUUGAUGUGCGCAUAAUUUUAUGUACCCAUGUUAAAAGAAAACAAAAGUAGUGUAUUCCAGAAAAAGAAAAUACUCAAAGAUUGUACAAUGUUUCCAGCAUUACCGAGGUACCUGGAGUGAUUCAAACUGUUUUUAGCAUUUAUGGUUUUAUUAAUGGAACCGUAAUAUACACACAUGUAUGUAUAUUGGUAUGUAUCUAAGUUUUGUCUACCCCAACUUACAUUCCCACAAACAAAUGUUGCCAUUUUUAGUUCAAGGGAGCAAUGUACAAGCAGAGAAGUGUCUUAUUAUAAUAAAGUUAUACAGAGAAGGCAAAGUUAAAUAAACUACUUUUGAUUUAAUGGAAA